AUGUCCACUUCCGAUCUAUAUACUCCGGCGAUAUCCUCCGGUGGUGAUGCCGCUUGUGGUGUUACUCCCUCUCGAACAUCAGCAAGGAAGCCGAAGCCCAAGUUUCCUCCGGGCUACAAAGGUAUAGCCUAUUUCGACGAUGAAGGCAAUCCCCAAGCAGGCGAUAGUCCAGCCGUAGGAGCUAAACGUAAGGCCCCUACGGAGGGUAAAAAGCGUGGUCGUCCGCGAAAGGCCCCUAGAAUCGAUGAUGGCAUAUCCGGAAUCUCUCCGUGCGGCAGUGGUCCAAGCCAGGCGAGUUCCACUCCUGACCGAACACAAGGGUCGCUCUCUGGCAACUCUGCGGAACAAACGGCGCCCUCAACAUCACCGACCGCAACCUCCGAUUCCAUCCUUCCUGCUAGCGAUCACGAUGGAAAGGAAGAGGCGCGUGGAGCGAAAGACAGCCUCCCUGUUAAGCAAGCGGCUGAGGAGACCUCCAAUGCCGACCAGAAUACGCAAAGUGCGCCUAAAAGCACCGUAAGGCAGCGAGUAGAGUCCCGGGACAAGGCUUCAGCUCAAGACCCCGCUACCGCGCUACGACCAGAUCCAGGCUUGAUUGCGCCAAUAUCGGCGGGUAGGAGCGUGCAGCCAACACCUUUUAGCUCUCCACGCGACUAUCCGGCUAGGACAGAUACUGGUGUGAAGUACAGCUCGCCAUACACCGGGACGGUAGGAGAUGGACAGUCAAGGUGCAACACGACUGUCUCAAUGACUUCGCGGCAAGAAGAUGCAAAAAGUGCGAACAGGAACUCCCCCCGCUCUGUUGACCCCGCCACUUCGACUCGUCAACACCGCCAAAACUCCAUUCAUUAUGACUCAGAACGAGUUCACGACAACAAGGACAAUGCAGACAACGCAGGAUCUGUUGUGCAGCACUUAUCAGGCUCUUUGCCCAGUGGUAGCACGGUCCAGCAACCGCCACGAGCUACAGGAUCUAACGAGAGCCGCGAACAGCCACAGUCAGGCGCAGCCAGUCUAGCACAUCCCUCUCCGGGUCGUGGCCAGCACAGCCCCCGCGAGCCCAUCAGUCAUCCGCCCAUGCUAGCCUGCAUCACCCAAACAGAGGAUGUGCGUGGGAAUGCAGGACAAGCCAAUGCUGUAAGGAAGGCUGAAAACGUCAACGGAGCAGUCAGAUCAGGGAGCGUAGCUUUACUGCAGUCGGAGCCAGGCGAUGAUGAUAGUGUAAGGAAACUGGGUGAGAUGGUCCUGGAGCAUCGGAGAUACCGCAAGAUGCUCGGUGAUGCUGAAAGCAAAGUUAGCGAGUACGCAGCGCGGGUCCAGGAGCUCGAAAGGAGCAUCUCCUCGAAAGAGCCUGAGUUGCGGGACCUGCAACGGCAGAUAAAACUGCUGCAAGAAAAGAUGCAGGAAAAACAAGCCUGUAUCGAUAGUAUGCGCAACAGUCUGCAGGGUGAGAUGACUGUGGUGCAGACAGCUAUGUCUCAAGCAGAGGUCCUGAAGAAGCAGAUGUCCGAGAUUUGGGCGCAGUUGGGUUUCUAG